AUGUCCAGAUUUUACUCUUUGUACGAACCAGAAUUUUUGGAUGAAAAAAAAGAUACUCCCAUGUAUACAAACUUAUCUAUAAGAUUGGAGGGCUAUGAUUUUGUCAUUGUAGAAUCAUUUGCAAAAUAUAUAGACAACAAAUCAAAACAUCUUGGUCUCCAGUCAAUGGUAUAUGCAGUGCCUGCAAGAACAACUAAAGUACAGAUAUAUAAGCCUAACACAUCCCAAGUUGGUAAGGAAUAUGAUCUAGCAUUAUACAAGAGGGUUGUUCAGGUUUCAGAUUUGCCAUCUACGUUAGCUCCUAUUUUCUUUGAAGUGUUAAAUACGAAUCUCCCUCCAGCGGUUUCUUUAGUGAUUUCACCACCUACAGAAGAGGAAGAGGAUUAUAGAUAUGUGCCUGAUUUGGCAUUAUUAGAACUCCAAGCUGAAAUUGCCAAAAUUGAAAAAGCAAAAGAAGAACGAAAAAAGAAAUAA